UUUCUGAGGCCAUCCGCAUAUACCUGUCGCUCCUUCGUGAUCAAGGAACUGCGCUGUGGCGCCGGACCCGGGGUCAUCGGGCGCACCGCCAGUUGCCAGCGACUCGCUCGGUACUUGCUUUCGUCUUCGAGUGUCCACGAUGGUUCCAGCAUGGCUGUCUGCGUUGGCCUCUAUUGGCAUGGCUGUUGGACCUCCGCUUGUCUAUGCGGACCAGGCAUACUCAAUAGUUGGCAAAAAAGACUCGACAGGUUUCUCUCGCGACGUUUGCGCCAUUCUGUUGCUGGCGAACAUCACGCGAUGCUUCUUCUGGUUAGGGAGCCGCUUUGAGAUCCCCCUGUUGCUGCAGUCACUAUUGAUGAUCCUUGCCCAGCUGGCCUUGCUAUAUAUCUGCAUACGUUACCGUCCGCGUACAAGCUCGGAGAACAUAGGCGCGUCAACGAGGCCGUUCGCAUUCUGGCAAUGGCCUACUUACACUCAAUACCUUGAAUUCCUUGCCGGCUUCCUAUUAUGCCAAGCGAUACUCUUCCUCAUCUUCGGUCGCUCCGAAAUAUUCAUCUUCAUUCUCGGGCUUGUUGCACUUGGAGUAGAGAGCACCCUGCCGAUACCGCAGGUUAUUAGCAAUCACAAACAACGGUCGUUGUAUGGCUUCCGGCUGUCAACGCUGCUUGGAUGGGUAGGAGGAGACGCGUUCAAGACAGCGUACUUCUUCGUCCAGAACUCUCCUGUGCAAUUCAAGAUUUGCUCAGUAUUCCAAUUGUCCGUGGAUUGUGUCAUCAUUGGCCAACGAAUAUACUUCGGCAAUGCCGUUCCUGCAUCAACGCUGAUGGAAGAGGAGGACAUCGAGCAGGCUCUGGCGCUGGCUGAGGAGUAGUGUCCGUUUGCACGUUCUACGUACAUCAUGUUACUUGUAUACAUACCAUAUUGCGUCAACGUUCGUACCAUUGGCAGAGGGCAUGAUGUUCGGCAUGCCGUAUUGAACAGUCUUGGAUACUAGGAAUGUAGCGGCAUGAUUCUCCUUGAUAAUGAUGUUUGUAGUAGACUUCAAAAUAUAGCGAUGUGACGUUGCA